AUGGAUAUCUCUUUGGGGGUGUGGGUGGCCUUGGUUUUGGGAGGUUUGCCUUUGUUGGGGUUGCUCUUGUGGUGGUGGAAUGAGCUUUGGUAUGUGCUUCCUCUCAAACUACGACGUUCGGCCACUAAUGCCAAAUUACCGCCCGGUCAUAUGGGACUUCCAUUUAUCGGUGAAGUCCUCACUUUCCUUUGGUACUUCAAAGUUCUUCGUCGUCCAGAUGACUUUAUCAAUGCUAAACGAGCAAAUGUUGAUCUCAUGGGUUAUACUUCCUUGGUGGCUGUCCAUGGAAAGUCCCAUGCAAGGCUUAGAAGUUAUGUCACAAGUGUCAUUAAUCAGCCAGAUGCUCUUCGACGCAUUGCCCAAAUGGUCCAACCUCGCAUCAUAGCUGCUCUUGAGUCAUGGGCUCAGAAGGGCAGAAUCAAGCAUAUGACGAGACAAAGAAGUUUGGAACCAGGACCUCUCCUUGAUACCAUUGACAACUUGUUUGAUGGAUUGGUCACAGGAAUUAGAGCUCAACCAUUCAACAUUCCUGGAUCUGCCUUUCACCAUGCUCGUCAGUGUAGGAAGAAGCUUGAGGAUAUUUUCAUGGUGGAGCUUGAGAAGAAAAAAACCCAGAAAGAAGUGGUGACAAAUGACCUAAUGGAUGGGCUUAUGCAGAUUAUAGAUGAUGAGGGUAACAAAUUAUGUGACCAAGAGGUGCUGGACAAUAUUGUGAGCCUUGUUGUUGGAGGAUAUGCAUCUACUUCCCUUGCAUCAAUGUGGGCUAUAUAUUAUCUUGCCAAGUACCCUAAUGUCCUGAAAAAGCUUCGGGAGGAGAAUAUGGCUAUAAGUCAGAACAAGAAAGGAGAGUUUAUUACAAGUGACGAUGUUUCAAAAAUGAAAUACACAAACAAGGUGGUGGAAGAAACAAUAAGAAUGGCAAACAUUUCAGCUUUUAAUUUCCGAUCGGUUGUCAAGGAAGUUGAGUAUAAAGGUUAUAUAAUACCUAAGGGUUGGAGAGUGAUUCUUUGGCUUCGAUAUAGCCACACAAAUCCAGAGAACUUUGAUGAUCCUAUGUGUUUCAACCCAGAUAGAUGGAAUGAACCAGCUAGGCCUGGAACAUACCAAGUUUUUGGUGGUGGACCAAGAAUCUGUGCAGGCAACAUGCUUGUUAGGAUACAACUUGCAAUCUUGUUACAUCAUUUGUGCACAGGAUACAAGUGGGAACUACUCAACCCAGAUGCAGAGAUGGUUUAUCUUCCACAUCCAACACCCAUUGAUAGGGUUGAUAUCACCUUUAACAAACUUUAG